ACCGCACCUGUCCGGAUGAGCUACUCGGUAGAUGUUCUCGGAAGUCCCUUCCGGAGAGUGAUGGACACUAGGACGACCUACAGCCGCAGCAGCGGUGGCUCGGGCUCCAGCGGCUUCCGCUCGCAGACAUGGUCCCGGGCCAGCCCGGUCUCAGCCGUACCUUACAAGAGAACGAUCAACGAGAGCAUGGAUCUGAGCAUGGACCUGACCACGCCGUCUUCAACGCUCAACGAGAAAGAGCAGCUACAGGGUCUGAACGACCGCUUCGCAGUGUACAUCGACAAGGUGCACUUCCUGGAGGAGCAGAACAAGCAGAUCGAGGCAGAGAUCAACGCACUGCGGAGGAAGCAGGUUUCCCGCACGCAGCUGAGCGAGGAGCACGAACGGGAGCUGCACGAUCUCCGCGGUGCCAUUGAGCAGCUGCACAGCGACAAGGCGCGCCUGCAUCUUGAUGCCGAACGCCUGCAGGACGACAUCCAGCGACUGCGUGAGCGUCUGGAAGACGAAGCCCGUGUGCGCGCUGACACCGAAGCCAUGACGCGCGCUCUGAAGAAGGACGCCGGAGACUCCACCCUGGCCAAAGCAGAACUCGAGAAGAAGAUCCAGGCGCUCCUGGACGAGAUCGCGUUCGUGCGCGGCGACCACGAGGAAGAGGUCGGCGAGUUGCUCGCACAGCUCCAGGCAUCACAAGCCGUUACCGCUGAGAAGAGGGAGUGGCAGAAGGCGGACAUCACCGACGCUCUGCGAGAGAUCCGCGUCCAGCUCGAGGGUCACUCCAACCGCAACCUGCAGCAGGUCGAAGACUGGUUUAUGUGCCGCUACUCAAAACUGACGGAGGCCGCGGAGCAGAACAAGGACGCCAUCAAGUCCGCCCGGGACGAGAUCUCCGACUACCGGCGCCAGCUGCAGGCCAAAACAGUGGAGCUCGAGGCGGCCCGUGGGACCAAGGAGUCUCUGGAGAGGCAACUGAGCGACAUCGAGGAGCGACACGGCUCCGACCUAGCCAGUCUUCAGGAAACCAUCCACCAACUGGAUAAUGAGCUGAAGAGCACAAAAUGGGAGAUGGCAAGACAUCUGCGCGAAUACCAAGACCUGCUGAAUGUCAAAAUGGCCCUAGAUAUAGAGAUUGCAGCAUACAGGAAACUACUUGAAGGAGAGGAGACCCACUUCAGCACAUACCCCUAUCGCCAGACUGUCACCAAAGGCCCCAAGGUCAAAGCAGAACCCCCCAAACUGAGGGUCCAGCACAAGUUUGUGGAAGAGAUCAUCGAGGAGACUCGGGUGGAAGAUGAGAAAUUGGACAUGGAAGAAGCCUUGGCAGAGAUGGCAGCAGAUCUGUCUGAAAAGAAAGAAGAUGAAGGAGAGGAAGAAGCUGAACAGGAGGCUGAGGAGAAAGAGGGAGAAGAGGAGGAGGUUGUCGCUUCAGCUCAGGCCAAAGUGAGUGCCAGCGCUCCUGCUGAUGAGGCUGAGGAAGCUGAGACUAAAGAAGGUGAUGAGGAAGAAGGUGAUGAUGAAGGAAAGGAUGAUGAAGAAGGCCAGGAAGAAAAGGAAGAAGAAAAAGGAGAAGAUGCAGAGGAAGGUGGGAAAGGAGAAGACGAGGAGGAAGCAGAAGUUGAGGAAACUGUAUUGAGCACCAAGGCACCUGAAUCAAAGGCCUCACCAGAGAAGGAAAAGGCUGAAGAAGAAGGAGGUGCUGUAGAAGAAGAAGCAGGAGAGGAAGAGGUUGAUGAGAAAGAAGCAGAAACUGAGGAGAAAGAAUCUGAGAAAAAGGAUGAGGCUGAGAAAGAGGAUGAACAAGCAAAAGAUGAUAAGGAGACCAAGUCUGACAAGGUUGAAUCUCCUAAAGCAGAAUCGCCAAAGGAGUCUCCCAAGGGUGAGUCUCCAAAGGCUUCAUCACCAAAGAGUGAGAGCCCAAAACCUGCUUCUCCAAAGAGUGAGAGCCCAAAAGCUACUUCUCCAAAGAGUGAGAGCCCAAAAGCUACUUCUCCAAAGAGUGAGAGCCCAAAAGCUACUUCUCCAAAGAGUGAGAGCCCGAAGGCCCCAAAAGCAGAGGAAGCCAAGAAAGAAACUCCAAAACCUGAAUCUCCAAAAAGUGAGAGUCCCAAGAAGGAAACAGCCACGGAUGAGCCACAGAAGAAAGAAGAGUCAAAACCUGAAAUAGCCGAAAAACCCAGCAAGGAGGAAAAGUCUGAAGAGAAGAAGACAGAUAAGAAAGAAGACACUGGAAAGGAAGAAAAAGACAAAAAGGAGACUGAGAAAAAAGAGCCAGAGAAGAAAGAUGUGAUCUCAAAUGGAGUGGAUGAAAGCCCUACCAAGGAUGAUCCUAGCCAGAAGGUGGUCAUCACCAAAACAGUGGAGACCAUCACCACUGGCGAGGACGGAGCCAAACAUGUCACCAAGUCCAUCACAGUCACUGAAACAGUGAAAGCAGCAGAGGAGACAGUGGAGGAGAAAGUGAUGGCCACCAAGAAAGUGGAGAAAGUCUCCACCCACACUGUGAAGGAGAUCACAGAAAACGAGUAGAGAAGCACUUAAAUUAAACCGCGAAGAUGAGUCGAAGAAGCACUAGCGCUCCAACCCAAGCUAACUUUACAAAGAAACCAUAAAGCUAGAUAAUGAUGUAUCUAAUUACAUUUACCA